AGUAAAAGUUAUGGAUCCUUUAUACUUUCCCAACACAUUUAGCAUGGACGCUAGUUCCAGUGACGUGAAUUCCUCACUGCUGACAAAUGUGACAGAGAAUGGGACACUCUCAGAGCAGCCUCCAUUCAAAUACAUCCACAAAGUCCUGAUUCCCAUCUUUUACAUCCUUGUAUGCGCAGUUGGACUCAGUGGCAACACAUUGGUCAUUUACGUGGUUUUGCGUUAUGCCAAGAUGAAAACCGUCACCAACAUUUACAUCUUGAAUUUGGCCAUUGCUGAUGUCCUCUUCAUGCUGGGCCUGCCCUUCCUGGCCACCCAGAACGCCAUCUCCUACUGGCCCUUUGGCUCCUUCCUGUGCAGGCUGGUUAUGACUGUAGAUGGUAUUAACCAGUUCACUAGUAUUUUUUGUUUGACUGUGAUGAGCAUGGACCGGUACCUGGCAGUAGUUCAUCCAAUUAAAUCAACCAAGUGGAGACGUCCCAGGGUGGCCAAGCUCAUCAGUAUGACUGUCUGGACAUUCUCGUUCCUGGUGGUGCUUCCAGUCUUCAUCUUUUCAGAUGUGCAGGAAGACUUUCACACCUGCAACAUGAACUGGCCAGAGCCUGUCAACAUCUGGUCAGCAGCAUUCAUCAUUUACACGUCGGUCCUAGGGUUUUUUGGUCCUUUGUUGGUGAUCUGCCUGUGCUACUUGCUGAUUGUGAUUAAAGUCAAAUCUUCAGGGAUCCGAGUUGGGUCUACAAGGCGCAGGAGAUCAGAGAGGAAAGUGACCAGGAUGGUGGUGAUCAUCGUGGUCGUCUUUGUGUUUUGCUGGCUCCCAUUUUACAUGAUGAACAUUGUCAAUUUGAUAUUUAUACUGCCAGAAGACCCUGUGCUAGUAGGGGUGUACUUCUUUGUGGUGGUCCUGUCCUAUGCAAACAGCUGUGCCAACCCCAUUCUUUAUGGAUUUCUUUCUGACAACUUCAAGCAGAGUUUUCAGAAAGUCCUUUGCCUCCGAAAGGGCAAUGGUGUAGAGGAUGGUGACCCCAUUGAACACAGGCAAGAGAACAGCAGUCGCUUGCAGGAAUCCAUGUUAACCCAGAGAAAUAUUGAAUUCAAUGGACAUAUGCAGACUAGCAAGGUGUAAGGGCAUGGUUUGGGACUGCAAAGCACUUGUAGACCUGGAGAACUUGGGGACGUAAAGGAGAGAUGAAAUCAUAGCAAAGCUAAAACCUGGAGGCCCGCAAGCUCAAAUAAAUGUACAUAGACUUCUCUUCACUCCCCUCCCUUUCCCAGCUAAAAGUGUUAUGGGUUAUACUGGGCUGCGUGAAAUUCUUACGGUGUUUUAGCUAAGGCAGUCAGACGCGUUACCACUUUCUGUACCCUAGAGAACUGAUCUACUGGUACCCACUGCUGGCUUUGUACUUCUCUGGUGAUGCAAAACAACACUAAACCUGUUUUAACUACCUUGUUAAGCUGAGUUCAUGGCUGCUUUGCACUGCUGGGAUCAGCUCAAAACAGAAAACAGCUCAGACAAUUUGGUUGGAAAUGUCUUUGAAAGUCUUCAAGGGGA